AUGAAUGAGACACAGUCCUUAACUACAAUAAAUCCUGGUUUAAAUUACCAUUUUGGUUUGAGAUUAGCUAUUCUGGAACACUUUAAAUUUAUUUCAACAAAUAAUAUUGAUGUUAUCAAAAUAGUUAUUGGCAUUGAUGGCUUGCCAAUCUCCAAGAGCAGUGCAAGUCAAUUAUGGCCCAUUUUGGGGUAUAUACGCCCAUUCAAGAAUUCUGUGUUUCCAAUUGGUAUAUACUGGGGCCAUGAGAAACCUGACGAUUCUAAUUUAUAUUUAAAACAAUUUUGUGUAGAAGCUAAAGAGUUAUUGACAAAUGGCGUUAAUAUUAAUGGAGUGAUUUUUAAAGUUAUAAUCGAUGGAUUUUCUCUAGAUGCCCCCGCUUAG